AUGGCUUCCUCCUUUAUCUCAAACGGGGACGUUUCUGGGUUCAAAGAUAAGGAGUCAAUGGUUGACCCUUUCUUGGUUGAGGCGCUUCAGAAUCCUCGUCAUCGUGUCACCCUUUUGCGAAUGGAGUUGGAUAUCCAGAGGUUCCUGAAUAAUGCAGAUCAGCAGCAUUUAGAAUUUCAACAUUUCCCUUCUUCAUAUCUUAGACUGGCUGCACACCGUGUUGCUCAACACUAUGGUAUGCAAACAAUGGUUCAAGAUAAUGGCUUAGAUGGUCAGGGAACCAGAAUUAUGGUUAGAAAGACAGUGGAAAGCAGGUAUCCUUUGGUAUGCUUGUCUGAAAUACCUGCUAAACAGUUGGGAAAUGAUAAACCUGAGCAGAUAAAAAUUGCCAUAAGGCCUAGGCCAAAUAGAAGCAGUUUAAAUGAAGCCAAUGAAGUUGGAAAGAAAAACAAUCCUCUUAGAAGUGUGGAAGAGCGGAAGGAGGAAUAUGAUCGGGCACGAGCACGCAUUUUUAGUAGCUCCAGAAGUUUUGAUUCAGAUGAUACUCUGUCCCAGGCUUCUACAGAUGAGAAAAAUUCUCUUAUAAGCAAAGACGAGAAUGAAACUAGCAAGACCCCUGUGGUUGAUUCAGAAAAAUGCACUACUGGUAGGGAUAUUAAUUCUACUCGAGUUGCCAUCUUCAGAGAUAGGGAAAAGGAUCGUAGUGAUCCAGAUUAUGAUCGUAACUAUGGAAGGUAUGCUAGGAGUAUUCCACCUUCUUCCCUUAACUUGAUGCCUUUUAAUUUGCAACAUGUUCAAGCUCCAUUCGCGCAGUACGACACUGGUUUUAAUCAGUUGAGUCAGAUGUCACAAAAUCAAGCUUCGCUUGGCUAUGGACCUCCUUCAAGUCCUAUGAUGAAUCCUUUUGGUGUCACGGGAUUGAAUCAUGCAUCUAGCGAUGUUGCUUACCUGCAGUGGCCAAGUGCUUCAAUGAUGUAUGCACAUUCAUACGACCAAUUUAGACAUGCUAUUUUCCAGGCUCCAUUUGGUCAUCAACGCCCAUUAAGCUUUGAUUAUUCACAGAAUUACUAG